AUGGCUCGGUGGAGCACGGUCCAAUCCUCGACAGCACCGUUCAUACACAUAACUUCAUCCGUCUCAGUGCACUUGCUGAUAGCUGCGGUGACUGCUCUGUCUUCGUCGGUGUCAGCUUCGGGAUGGACCAACUCAACGGACGUGAUCCGGGUAGUUCAGUUCAGCAACAGCCUGGUGCCUCCUCUCUUCAACCACUAUUCCAGAGGCCGAGACAACCUGGUUCUGGCGCCUUUCGGGGUGGCAACUAACGUGGCCAUGAUGCUGGAAGGCUUGCAAGGUCGGGCCGCCGAAGAGGUAACCACGCUGUUCCGACUCCAGGCAAAGGAAGUGCGCCAACAGCUGAGAAGAGGUUUUAAAAUGAUUUUUGAUACGUUUGGGGAUGAUUCGGACGGAGAUUUUGCCGGAUCCUACAACAAAGCAUCUGUGACCAGCUCCCGGGUUAUGCCAUCGUCAUACAUAAACAGACUUUCGAAAUAUUAUCAAGCUAACGUUACCACGAUGCGAAGCGAGAAUUCGAAUAACAGCUUAACUGAUAUUUUAGAACUACGGAGUGACACAGGAAUAAUAAGUCACUGGAAAGAUUACCAAAAACUAGCCACGUACACUUACUUAUCGUAUCAACCAUCAGCACCGUUUACCAAAGCUGACGGUUCAAUUGUCCACGUCCCAAUGAUACCACAGACAGGAAUGUUCAAAAUCGGAUACGUACCACAACUAAAGUGUUUAGCCGCUGAACUAAUGUUUGAGACCGACAAAGUGAGCAUGCUUAUCAUGAUGCCGGACGACGUUAACGGUUCCGAGUUAAUGAUCGAGCGGCUGUCCAAAGAAAACUUCCUGAACAUCCUGGAUUCGCUGGGAUACCAGGACACAGAGAUUCUGUUGCCGCAGUUGGCUGCAUUCACCAACGGUCUGGAUUUGGAACCGUUCUUCAAGAAGCUCGGCGUCAAGGCAGCCUUCAACCAGACGGUCAGUGCCGACAACAAUAAUAAGACUUCAUCGACGAGUCGCGAUCACGCGUCCAAGUCUCCCACAGUCACGUUGGUGUCGAUGAAACAGAACGCGUACUUUUCAAUGUCGUUCAUCACGAUCAAUUCCGUCGGCUCCGUCGGCACAAAGUUAGGUAUUCGUCCGUCAGCCUCAAGACAAAAACGAGGAAUUGCCACUAAAGUAGUAUUUGACAGGCCAUUUGUAUUUUUUGUUUAUAACAAAUUAACAGGACUAAUUAUGUUGGCCGGGAAAAUUACAAACCCUACACAAGUGCCUUCCACAAGUUAA